AUGUGCAACCUCGGCCAAGUGUCGACUUACUCGAAGACCAUCGACACCCCAUUCUCCAGCGUAAGCAAAUCUGAUGUCAGGAUCUCCAACCCAGGACUGAAAAUUGCUGCUGCUCCAGCUUACCAGACUUACGCCGCCCCUGCAUAUGCCGCCCAUGGAUAUGCCGCUCCCGCAGUGGCCGCCCCCGCUGUAGGAGUCGCUUAUUCGGCCGCCCCAGCAGUGGCUCACGUCACCUUCCAAGGCUUGGGUGCAGCUUAUGGUUGGUAA